CUCACCUGGACAGGGAGGGGAGCGUCCACACGCCGAAGGAGGGAUCAAGUCCCAGCACACAAAGUCACAUUCGCACAGUCGUCUGUCCGACUUCAAAAGGCUUCAGACGGACGCCUCGGUGAGAUACAGCACAAAUAAGUCAAUGUUUGACCAGAGCUGACAGAGCAGAAAGGAAGAAAAUCUACAAGUGCGUCUCUUUCUUGGGAAGUUGCGAGGAUUUGAAGACUUUUGCUUUUUUUUUCACCCCUCCAACACAAGUGGAUACGAGCUUUUCCACAAGGUGCAGGGUUGAGAGAAACAGAAGGGAUUUAGUCAUUUCCUCGUUGAAUUGUUGGAUUUUUGGACUGGGCCUGGGCGAGAGCACAGUGAGAGGUGUGUUUGAUCCGUAAUCUCUUUGGAUCCUCAGGGAGGCGAUGGAGCAACGGGCAUUACAUCUCUCAGUGGGGCUUGUGCUUCUAACCGUCCUGUUGACCUGCUGUCACGCUCAAGAGAACUAUUGCUUGGCUUCCUCACAAGGUACCUGUUCGGACUGCAUCCAAACCGGCAAAGGUUGUGCUUACUGCGCUGACGAGACCUUCCAUGGCCCUCGCUGUGACCUGCACGAAAACAUAGUGGCCCGCGGCUGCAGGGCUGCCGGAGUGAUUAUGUUUCAAAGCAGUAUGGAGAUAAAGAAAAGACAGUCCAUCGUCAAGAAGCUCCAGCAGUCUCAGGUGUCUCCGCAGGAAGUGAAGAUGACCUUUCUGCCAGGGGAAGAAAAGCUGCUGGACGUGGAGGUGUUUGCUCCAAAGAAAGGACCUCUGGACCUUUAUAUUCUCAUGGACUUCUCCAACUCCAUGGCUGAUGACUUGGACAACCUGAAGAAGAUGGGCACUGAGUUGGCAAAAUUGGUGAAGGACCUGUCAGAUGACUACACCAUCGGCUUUGGAAAGUUUGUUGACAAAGUCACUGAGCCCCAGACUGACAUGAGACCGACCAAACUUAAAAGGCCUUGGCCCAACAGUGACCCUCCCUUCUCCUUCCAAAAUGUCAUCAAGUUGACAAGCGACUUAAACUUCUUUGGUCGUGAACUCCAGAAGGAAAUCAUAUCUGGUAACCUGGACGCUCCUGAAGGAGGAUUUGAUGCCAUACUACAGGUUGCCGUUUGUAAGGAUAUAAUAGGCUGGCGUGACCACAGCACCCACCUACUGGUAUUCUCCACCGAGUCGGCCUUCCACUACGAGGCCGACGGUGCCAAUGUGCUGGCGGGCAUCUUGUCACGCAACCCUAAGGAGUGCCAACUGCUUCCGGACGGCACAUACAAAAAUGAUACAAAGUAUGAUUACCCCUCAAUACCCACACUGGUCAGUCUGCUGGAAAAACACACCAUCAUUCCUAUCUUUGCGGUCACCAACCACUCCUACACAUACUACGAGAAACUGCAAAAAUAUUUUCCCAUUUCUGAGACGGAUCUACUGCAGGAAGACUCAUCCAACAUCCUCCAGAUCCUGAACGACGCCUUUAAGAAAAUCCGUUCGAAGAUGAGCAUCCGUGCAGAAAACAGACCCAAAGCUUUCAGUGCUCAGUUCCUGAACAUGGACGAACAGCUUGCAGAAAGUGGAGAAUUUAAAUUCCAAACAGGAGCGAUAGGCAGGUUCAAGGCAAAACUGAAAGCUGAGCGGAUGAUCGACGGUAGGCCAGUUUGUCGGAUGGCCAUGGAUGAAAAGGAGGGGGAGAUGACUGUGAAACCAUCAACCUUCAAUGAUGGCGUUAAGAUUGGCGCUUCUGUUUUGUGUCCGACCUGCGAAUGUGAAAAGAACUCUGUACCUAAAGCAUCUAGGUGCCAUGGCAAGGGAGACCUAGUUUGUGGGAAGUGCCACUGCUACCCUGGCUGGUUGGGGGCGUUCUGUAACUGCUCAGCUGCUGUUUCAGAUCAGGAAAAGAAGAGCAAGUGCCGCAGCGGUCCAGACAUGAAGGAGGAUUGUUCAGGCCGUGGAGAGUGCCAGGCCUGUGGAACCUGUGUAUGCUCCAACCCAGAACGGUACGAGGGACCCUUCUGCGAGUACGACAAGACCCAGUGCGCCAGACACCAAGGCUUCCUCUGCAGUGACCGCGGCUCUUGUAUCAUGGGUCGGUGUGUGUGCGCGGAGGGCUGGGAAGGCCCUGCGUGUCAGUGUCCCAAGAGUAACCAGACCUGCCUGGACAGCAAAGGACUUCUCUGUGGUGGGCGGGGCAAAUGCAUCUGUGGCCGCUGCGAGUGCCAGGAUUUGAAUUCAGGCGUCAUCACAGCGUGUGAAGCCAGUCUGCAGGUCCAGACUAGUUUCUGUGAGGCCACGAGGAGCUGUGCCCAGUGUAAAGCCUGGAAGACGGGAGAGAAGAAGGACAAAGAAGUGUGCGAUAAAUGCAAAAUCAACGUUGUGAUGGUGGAUAAACUCAAAGAAUCAAAGGACGUGCUCGAGUCAUGCAGUUUCCGCGACGAGGAAGACGACUGUACGUACCAUUACACCGUGGACCACGAUCAAGAUCCAACCGUCAGAGAGCUGGAGGUUCAGGUUCUCGAAAAGAAAGAUUGUCCUCCUGCCAGCUUGCUGUGGCUGCUGCCUCUCAUCCUGUUCCUCCUGCUGCUGCUCGCUCUGUUGCUGCUGUGCUGUUGGAAAUACUGUGGCUGGUGUAAGACCUGCUGCCAGAGUUGUCUCGCACUGCUGCCUUGCUGUGGAAAAGGUCGAAAAGUUGGCUUCAAGGAGUAUGCGUAUCUGCUCCGCCGGUCUCUGCUCACCUCAGACCAUCUGGACACACCUAUGGUGAGGACGGGCCCACCCAAAGGCACUGACAUGGUUUGCUGGAGGGCGAUAGACAAUGUGCAUCGUGGACCCAAUCACCCCAAGGCCCUGAUAAAGCCCAGCCCCAAAGAGAUCACUGACUUCCCCAUCUCUCUCCGGCUAAAUCGGUUGUUCUCGGAGAACCUGUCUCGCCCGGACUCCAGAGACACCGAACUGCUUCGCAAAGAAGUGUCCGAUAAUCUAAAUGAGGUGUACAAGAAGAUUACUGGGGCCCAGCCAGUGCACAAGACCUCCUUCAGGCUGCAGAAAAAUGCUGGGAAAAGGCAGGAAAACGCUAUCGUGGACACCGUUCUGCCUGCUCCUCGCAGCAGCUACCGAGACAUCAUCACGCUCACGCAGAAAAACGUCCAGUCUGGAAACAUCCAUGACCUCAAAGUGGUACCCGGCUAUUACACCGUGGCCGCCGAAAACGAGGCUGAAGGAGCCGUGGAAUUCCAGGAAGGCGUGGAGUCUGUAGACGUUCAUGUGCCGCUCUUCCUCAAAGAUGACGAUGAUGACCAGAAGCAGAUACAGGUUGAAGCCUUUGACGUUCCCCUGGGUAUCGCUGAGCUCGACAAACGUUUUCUCGACAUCACCAUUAUCAAAGAGCACCCCCCAAGUGUGUUCUCGUUCCUCCAGCCGGCCUACACCUACAGCCGGCAGGACGGGGUGGCCAAUAUACCAAUCGCCAGAGAGAUCAAUGAGGACGGACGCUCACAGGUCACCUACUGCACACGAGACCUUACAGCAAAGGAUAAGAAGGACUACAUUGCUGUGGAAGGAGACCUGACCUUUGGACCUGGAGAGACCCAGAAGGUGGUGCCCGUUCAUCUGCUGGAGCUUGGGGAGAAAGAUAGUCUCCUUAAAGACAAACAAGUCAACCAGUUUGUCAUGGAUUUGAGCAACCCACGGCAAGGUGCUAGUCUGGGACGCUACCCGAGAACUACGAUCACCAUCGCAGACCAAGGAGAGCCAAGUGUGAUAAUGUUCAAGAAAGGGACUCAGAACUUCACCACAGCUGACCCAACCUACACCAUUCCUGUGGUUCGUUCUCGCAAUCUGGACAGCCCUGCCACAGUGAAGUGGCGCACCAAGAAGGCCCAGCGUUUUGACCUCUCCGGUCCUUUGAAGUUUGCUCCUGGGGAGACAGAGAAGAACAUAGUGAUUAACCCAAGGCUCCAUUCUGACCCAGUCCAACCAGAGACCUUCCAGCUGGAGCUAUUCGACCCAGGUACCAAUGCUACCAUUGGGGAGCGGAAGACCACACUCGUCAAUGUGACAGAUGGAGGUGUCAGCCCUCCAGAGAUGGCCCAAAUGCAGAAGGGUUAUGCACAUCCUAAAGCAACCUCUCCUGGGGGUCACUUACUUGCUCCAGGUAACCCUAAGGCCAAGGCAACUGGACCCAGAAGCAUCCGUCUCAACUGGGAUCCUCCACCUGGAAAUCCCUUAGGGUACAAGGUGAAGUACUGGAUCUAUGGAGACCCAGAGAAAGACGCCCAGGUUGUCGAUGUAAAGACUCCUCACGCUGACCUCACCAACCUGUACCCAUAUUGCGACUAUGAGAUGCGAGUGUGUGGCUACAAUGCCAUCGUAGAUGGUUACGAGACCGACAUCAUCCCCUGUCAGACUCUGGAGGACGUUCCCGGUGAACCCGGUCGCCUGGCUUUUAAUGUCAUCAGCCCAACUGUCACUCAGCUCAGCUGGGCGGAGCCUGCAGAGACCAAUGGAAAUAUCACAGCUUAUGAAGUUGUCUAUACGCCCAUCAAUGAUGACAUGAAGCCGGUGGGCGCAGCCAAGAAAGUGAAGAUUGACAACCCUAAGAAGCGAAUGUUGUUGAUUGAGAACCUCCAGAGCGCUCAGACGUACCAGUACAAGGUCCGUGCCAAGAACAGCGUGGGCUGGGGCCCUUUCAGAGAUGCCACCAUAAACCUGGCAUCACAGCCCAACAGACCUUUAUCAAUUCCAAUCAUUCCGGACAUCCCUAUCGUGGAUGCAGAGGCGGGAGAUGAGUAUGACAGCUUUCUGAUGUACAGCAAUGAAGUGCUGAAGUCUCCCGGAGGCUCCAAGACACCCAGCGUGUCUGGUGAUGAUCACAUGAUGAAUGGGAAGUGGGAUCAGAAUUUCCUUUUCCCAGGCGGAUCAGCGACACGCAACUUGUCGACGUCUUCCUCUCCCAUGUCCACCCUGAGCUCAAACUACAGAGGGCCAGGCAGCUCCAUGACAACCACGGAAACAACCACCACCUACAUCCCCGGAUCAGGAAACAUUCAGAGACAGGAUAUGAUCGGAGGCAGCGUUCACUCGAACCAAGUUAUCAUGAGGAAGCACAUAGAGAACCGUUACACCAACGAACACAUCCGCGACUCCAUCGUCAUGGGAGAUGAGUCAGGCACUUUGCCAGAUCUAAGUGGGUUUGGCUACAGCAGAACUCAGGUCAGCUCUCAGAACCAGUUCAGCUACAGCUUGUCUCAGGGCUUGAGGGCCAGGACGCCGUCUUCAGACGUCAGUGAAGCCCUGUUAAACCUGGACAGGGUGCUCCAGGAUGCACGCCUGUCCCCCGGCGUCCCAGAUACGCCCAGCAGGCUGGUGUUCUCUGCUCUGGGGCCAACUGCCCUCAAAGUCAGCUGGCAGGAGCCUCGCUGUGAGAAGGACAUCAUGGGGUACUGUGUGCUCUACCAGCUCCUCAACGGAGGUGAGGUGAAGCGGAUUAAUGUGGCCAACCCAGCAGAGAACUCUGUGAUCAUCCAGGACCUGCUGCCCAAUCACUCCUACCUGUUUAAGGUGAAGGCUCAGAGUGAGGAAGGCUGGGGUCCAGAGCGAGAGGGUGUCAUCACCAUUGAGUCUGCCGUCGACCCCAAGAGUCCCCUAAGCCCAGUGCCGGGCUCGCCGUUCACUCUCAGCACCCCCAGUGCUCCAGGUCCUCUGGUCUUCACGGCUCUGAGCCCUGAUUCCCUGCAGCUCAGCUGGGAAAAACCUCGCAAACCCAAUGGAGACAUCCUGGGCUACGUGGUCACCUGUGAACAGCUGCAUGGAGGCGGUGACCCGCGUUCCUUCCAGGUGAACGGGGACAGUGCCGAGACCAGUCUGACCGUCUCAAACCUGACCGAGAACAUUCCCUACAAGUUUAAAGUUCAGGCUCGGACCACGCAGGGCUUCGGCCCUGAGCGUGAAGGAAUCAUCACCAUCGAGUCUCAGGAUGGAGGCGCCUUAUCUCAGUACAACAGCCAAUCGAUGACCACCAGAGACGCUUUCCACCUGCCAGCAGAGGUUACCACGCGAACCAACGUCUCCCACACCAUGAUGACCGACCCCUACUUCUCAACAGACGGGAUGAUGAUGACCACGCAGCACAUGGAGACCAGCGGCAUGGUGACCCGUCACGUCACUAAGGAAGUGGUUCAGAGGAGCAUGGUGGGCGGGACCACUGUCACUAAGAAGAUGGAGAGGUUUUACGAAUCUUAAAUGCUUGUUUUAUCAUCCAAAGGUCUGACAUUAAGAGGAACGGCUCGUCGGGUUAAACUUUCUAUGACCAAAAAAAAAACAAAAAACUGUUCAGAGGCUUUUCUCUCUCGUCUGUUACUUCAUCCUGCAGGUUUACAUCCUGCUCCUGCUGGACCUCAGCAGUUGUCAGAUGAUGGCGCUCCUGCGCCCUCUGUUGGUUUACACUUUGACCAAGUACAGAGGUCAAAGUCCACAGUCGCUAAUCCAGGUUGACCUUGUCACCUUUUGGUCCGUAGGGCACGAUGUAGAAAUGACACCGAAAAAUUAGACGUAACAGUACCAAAUAUUUCUAAGACUAAAGGAGCAGUUCACGUAAUUUCCAGAGCGGCGUGAAUGAGGCAACAGCGCCGACAUACAAGUGUGAGAUUCUUUUGAUCCUGAUCAAGAGGCAGAUCCUGUUAUUUUCAAAGAUUAUUCAUCUUUGAGCCUUUUCCCUUUGAUCCUGAUGCUGUAUAUUCACUUUGAUCCUGAGUUAUUUGGUCCUGAUUAAGGGGUGGCUUUUGUCAUUGAUCUUCCCCAAUUUGAUCUUUGAUCCUAAUGAAGGGGCAGAUUCAGACUUUGAUCCUUUGGUCUUUGAUAUCAACUCAUUUGAUCCUAAACAAGGGGUGUAUUCUGCCUUGGAUCCUAAAAGUUGCUCUCAAUCAAGAGGCAGAUCCAGUCUUUGAUAAUUGAUCUUUAAUCCUUUCUCUUUGAUCCUGAUUAUGAAUAUGCUCAUUGAUCCUGAUUUAUUUGUCCUGAUGAAAGGAUGGACUUUGUCAUUGGUCUUUCUGACCUUUGAUCUUCAUUCCUAAUCCUAAAGGGGCAGAUUCUGACUUUGAUCCUUAAUGUUUGAUCUUCAUGCUGCAUUAGAUCUUUAAUCCCAACUCAUUUAAUCAUAAACAAGGGGUGGAUUCUGCCUUUUAUCUUUGAUCUUCUUUCCAUUUUGCUUCUUUAUAAGAUUACGAAAAUCAGCAAAAAAGAUCAAUGUUCAACUGUAUUGAUCAGACCUCAAUAUCCACCCUUUGUUCCUAACUUCCAGAUCAGUGUAAAACUGACAGACAGCAAUGAAAACAUUACCUCUGUAAGGGUCAAAGACCAGAAAUUGGGAGCAAAGAUGAACGGUCAGGAUCAAAUAGCAUUAAGGAUCAAAAGUCAGGAAUCAAAGAUGAAAGGUCAGGAACAAAUACCAGGAUCAAGAGCAGGUUCACAGGUCAACAGUCAGGCUUAAAGAAUGUUAGAGAUCCAUCACAGGAAUAAACCUCACAAUAAAAAUAAAAAGAUAAAAGCAAAAUGUAAACAGAGGGUUGUUGGAUCUUGGCAGAGGGAUGCGCACUCUGAUUGCCCUUCUCACUGACCGUGUGUUUGUUCAGAAGGUAUUCCAGGCCGGAAGAUUUAAAAAAAUCCAUCUGGAAGCAGCAGCACUCCUUUUUAGUUGUUGUCAUGACAGCGUCAUAGCAACAGAAAAAAUUUACAACAACGAGUUUAUAUUUCUGUGGAUCAAAUGAUGAGUAAAAGAGUGUUUAAAUCAGUCCAUGUGGGGCCACAUGCUCCGCCCACACCUGAUCAAGUUAUUGAUCCUGAUUUGAUCCGUUUUUCCUUCCACCACCUGAUAUCAGCUCAACACUCUUUUAGACGCCAGUUUCAGUCUGUUAAACUUUUUUAGAUCUUCAUGCAUAGAAAUUAAAAUAUCACUCAGUGAAUUUUAAGAAAAUGUUAUUGUAAUUUUAUUUUAUUGCAUAUUUUACUGAUGAUUUUAUUCACUCUAAAAAUGUGGUGGUGGUUUUUUCCACCUGCUUCUGUUUGUCAAAGUGUUUGCAGGAUUAUUUAAAAGUUACUGAUCAUUGUAAAUUGUACUGAGACAUUUCAGUGUAACGUGACAAGCAAGAGAAAUUUAAAGGGGUGAUAGCACAACAUGGCCUCUUUAAAUUUUUCUGCCCUUUGAAAGUGCCCUUUCAUCAUGUCUCUGGCUGUAUGGAAAAAAAAUAUCAGUUGGUUUUAACAGAUUCCACACAAACAUGGAGGUGAUCCCUUCUUUAAAAA